UGUGCUUUUUAGUUUCGUGUUCGGUAACUACCUUAUGUACUUCGUAACUACCUAUGCCACCACUGAACUGCAAGAUCCAAGAUGUUGCAGACACACCCUCCUUCCCUGUUAUGUAGCCAAGGUGGCUCACGCCUGCUUUUGCUACACUCCCUCUUUCCUUGUUCUUGACUUCUGGGCGGCGUAAAUAUCUCCAAGCCAAGGAAACGAAGGUCUUCUUACCUCGUUCCACUCUCCUUUUCUCAUUCCACGCCCGCGUUUUUUCACCCUUCACUCGUUGAUUAACUUCCUAACUCCAUCCCCUUUCUUUCUGGCAACUCAUUCGUUACUGUUGGCAUCUCGUCUUUCAAAUCAAUCGUUUUGAUAGUUCGCGCCUCUGAUCUUGGAUCUGCUGCUGGUUCUCAAACGUCCCUCACUCGCUUGGGAUUACAAUAUAUCACGUGUUUCAUCUUUUUUUGACGGAGUACCCUAUUAAGACUAAACCAAAAGCAAUUGACCACUUGGAAUAAUAACGAUACCAUAAUGCGCUCGUUCGCCUUCGCGUCCGCUCUGGCAGCGGCGAGCAUGGUCCACGCAGGGCCUACUCCUACCGAAGAGGAGUUACCUAGGCGUGCUGAUUCUCUGCCUGCGGUAACCGCGUCUGGGAAUGCUUUCUGGGCCGGUGACGAACGAUUCUAUAUUCGAGGUAUCGACUACCAGCCUGGUGGUUCUUCCGCUAACCUCGAUCCUCUUUCUGAUACCGACCUUUGCAUGAGGGAUAUCGCCAAGUUCAAGGAACUCGGCGUGAACACAAUCCGUGUUUACUCUGUCGACAAUUCGGCCGACCACACUGAGUGUAUGAAAGCUCUGAGCGACGCAAAGAUAUACUUAGUGCUCGACGUCAACAACCCUCAAUACUCCAUAAACCGAGACAAUCCAGGGCAGUCGUAUAACGAUGUUUAUCUCCAAAGUGUUUUUGCUACCAUUGACGAGUUCGCAAAAUAUGACAACACGCUUGCUUUCUUCUCGGGCAAUGAAGUCAUCAACGACAAACCCGAGUCCGUAAAAUCGGCCCCUUACGUCAAGGCUACUACUCGUGAUAUGAGACAGUAUAUCGGCUCUCACGGCUACCGCAAGAUUCCUGUUGGUUACUCGGCUGCCGAUGUCAGCGAUAACCGAAUGCAGACUGCGCAGUAUUUCAAUUGCGGUACCGAUGACGAGCGGAGCGACUUUUUCGCCUUUAAUGACUAUUCUUGGUGUGCUCCGUCCUCCUUCCAGCAAUCCGGUUGGGACCAGAAGGUGAAGAACUUCACCGGAUACGGUCUGCCUAUCUUCCUGUCGGAGUGGGGUUGCAUAAAAGGCGACCGCGACUUCGGGGAGUUAGCUGCAUUGAUGAGCGAUCAAAUGUCUGCUGUCUACUCGGGUGGUCUCGUGUACGAGUAUAGUAGAGAAGGCAAUGGGUACGGCAUUGUUGAGGUCUCUGGAACGUCCGACGAGGUCAAGGAAGAACCCGACUUCGAUAAGCUAGCGUCAGCUUUGUCCAAGUAUCCAGCUCCGACUGGCAACGGUGGUUUCACUUCUACCACCACUUCUGUUGCGUGUCCAACGGUCGAUAAUGUUUGGGAUCUUGGUGGAUGGGACGCGAGUGCACUUCCCGCAAUUCCUCCAGCAGCUGAGAAGUACAUGACCGAGAAAGCCGGUACGGGACCAGGCCUCAAAGGUUCUGGCUCUCAGGAUGCCGGAGGUACUUCGACUGGGACCGCUUCACCUGGUGCUGGAUCUGUAACUGCAACUGCAUCCGGUGACAACGGCAACGCCGCUGGCCGACCAGCUCCUCCAAUGGAUAUGAGUAUUUUCGUCCUUACUGGGAUUGUUGGUCUCUUCACCCUCGGCGGCACGUUGUUGCUAUAGGUUGGUCACUAAGCCGUCUUCGGUAAUUUUCUUGGUACGAGAAUCGUGGGAUUUUUGGAGCUUGGGCAUCUGGGGAAUACGCGUUUUUCUAUGGGUUCGGUGAUCAGGCGCGUUGACCCCUUUUGAGAUCGACGGCAAACCGGGAUAUAAUUAGUCUAGAGCGGCACAGCAACUCCAUAUGACACGGGGUAAAGUAUGUAGUAUGUAUCAUGAACGCGAACGACAUAUAAUUUAGGCAUGGAAAGGGUGGAUUGAUGGAUAUCAAGUGUAUUACUGAGCUGACCUUGCUAGAGGACUAAAUGGCUAAAAUUGAGGAAAGUGACAUAGUUUUGUACUAACUACCUAGAGGUAUUAAAAUGAGAGGACUAGAUUAUGAUUA